AUGGACAUCGCCUUGCACAAGGACGGAACUCGGGAGGUUAUCGCCAAUGCGGGCAAGUCGCAGCGAUCGAAGCGAAAGCAGAAAUCCAGAUUCUUCCAUCCAAUGGUCUUGGCGGUGCAUGUGAGUUUCUUAUUUUUUUUCUUGGAAAACUUCCGUUGCUGGCCUAGACUCAAAAAUUCUUUUUUUCUUUUCGCAAGUUGCAGAAUGAAAAAGGAGAAAAUAGUUGAAUAUGAUUAUGAAGAAAACGGGUCGUAAAAGUUGUAUUUAAAAAGUAAAUGGGACAUUGACAGGCCUGUGAGGCUAGAAUAGGCUCCGGAAGGCUAGCUAGCGAGAAGUAACAAAAAAGGUCGGGCGCAGCUUGGAAUAUUAUUUUUUUGGUUGGCCGGAAAAAGGAGAUUUUUAUUUUUUUGCUCCUUAUGUCAGCAACACUUCCUUUUUCGGGCUGAGACCGGUCAAAAAAAUCUGAAAGCUGGUUGGAAGUGAUCGGGCGCAGCUCGGAAAAUAUGUUUUUUGAUGAGCCGGGAAAUGAGAUUUUAACCUGUUUUUUUAAGGUUUCCAACACUUCCUUUUUUUUGACAAAGGCCAGUUAUUUAUCUGAAAGUUGGCUGAAAAAGUUCGGGCGCAGCUCGAAAAAGAAUCCUAAAAAAUUGUAUUUUUAAAGCUUUCAUUGUUUUAUUAUGACCAGAGUUGCGCCUGAUUCGCCAUGCAAAAGCUUCAGCAGACUUUCAGAUAGGAAAUUUUUCUCUUUGAACAAAAAAGAAUUUUCCAAGCUGCGCCCUAGCCUUAUCUCUGAUUAGACAUGGCUCGUCGGCCGGCCCGGGCCGAAAAUCUCGGCCCGGCCCGUCGGCCUGAAGGGUUCCGGCCCGGCCCGUUUCAAAUUUUCCGUCGGCCCGGCCCGGCCCGUUCUAAAUUUGCUUCAGCCCGGCCCGGGCCGGCCCAUUGAAACGAAAGUCUCCUCAAGUCUAACUCCUUAUGACCAAAUUUUUCCUCUAUCAUCAUGUAAAUGGAUAAAUAUGUGUUUCCAUAGCUAUCUAAAAACAAAAAUACCUUUAAAAAAACGAAUUGUGUCUUGUCAUUUCGUUUAUUUUCAUUAUCAAACCCAAUUUUCGCUUUGAGAUUCUGGAUUUUAACUAUUCCGGGCCGGGCCGGGCCGAAACACCGGCCCGGCCGACGGGCCGGAAAUGGUCCGGCGCCGACCUGAAAUCCGGCCGACGGGCCGAAAUUUCGGCCCGGCCCGCGGCCCGGCCCAGGCCGGGAGCCAUGUCUAUCUCUGAUAUAGCGUUUGUAUCCAGCCUCAGGGUCUUUAUGCCUCCUGAGGUGUGUGGGCUAUUCUAAAAAGGUUUUUAGGCAUUUUUUGAUCCUUAAAAUCCCAGUUUUACAACCUUUAUUGGCCAACUUUAUGUCGAAGCAAGAAAAAACGCGAGGUCCCAGAAAACGGACGCUUCUUCGCUGUGGCCUUGAAAUCGUAUCAAUAUCAACAUUGCCUGUUUCCAGUUGACCGAUGGCGGCAAGAAAAUCCACGAAGGACUUUUGGCCUCUUACCACGAGAUUCACCGCGAAUCACCGACUUUUUGCGCAUUUUUUGCCGACGAAAAUGCGAGUAAGAACCGAUUUCCAGGUCAGUCCGCAAUUUACUCACAUUAAUUUUGAUGACUUUGCUCUAAUAACCCUAUGUUUGAAAGAAUGCCUUCGAAUUUUUCAGAUAUUCCUCUUAACGAUCACACUCGAGUUGUGUUGAGCGAGUCCGAGGGCGGUGAUUACUACCACGCCAGCUAUGUUGAUGGCCUCGUUCAGUCAAAGCAAUUCGUUCUCGCGCAAGCUCCGUUCACGCAGGACACUGAAGCCGAUUUCCAUCGGUUGGUGGCCGAGUUGAAGCCGGAAGCCAUCAUUGUUCUGAUGAAAGAAGACACGCCGGAGGCAAAGUAGGGGGGUUUUUGAGAUUUUUUUGUUUGAUAACUGUUUUUUCAUAAAGUUCGUAGACUUUUUGUCGCGAGGAAAAUACACGGUGCAAAUUGCAAUUUGCACCGUGCAUUUUUAGUUUUUUGCACCGUGCAGUUUUAUCUUUUGCACCGUGCGUCAAAAUGUCGCCGAGUUGAAGUUUGCACUGUGCGAAAAAAGCAAAAUGCACUGUGCGUCCGCGAUAAAAGGCUAAAAAAGUCUACGCACUUUAUGAAAAUACAAUUGAAUUUGAACUUUCGACUUUGUUCUUGAGAUAAAAAAAAAUUUGAACCGUUUUUGACUUACAGGGGAAGUACUCCAAGUGUGACGCUCAGAUUUCUUUAAAUUUUGCACACGGGUAUGGACUAAAUAUCAAUUCCUGAAAGUCUUAGCUCGCGGUUUGCGGGCGCCGCCGAGAUAUCGAACGAUUCUUGCUGCGGAGAGAGCACGCUAAACGUGGAGUGCGGUCAGAGAGAGAACACCUUUUUGGCCACUACUUUGGCAGUUUCGUGCGAAAAAAUUUGAUUUUUUGUAGAAACAUUAUUCUUUACGGUAGAAAUAGGCAUGAAACUUUUCGGGCCGAAAUUCGGCAAAAAGUCCUUAAUUUUGAUCUAACUUUCAAUCUAAACAUCUCGGUUGUUUCUGCAAAGCGCGAGCUAGGAUUCUCGCAUAUGUCUUAGAAAAAAUUAUUCUAAAUUUGUGCCAAGUUUUAUCAAAAUCUGUGCGUCGCACUUGGAGUACUUCCCCUGUUAGUUAGGGCUUUUGUAAAAUACUUCGAAUGCAACUUCUACCUUUUUUCAGAUUAAUUUGCCCUGAGGGCAGAGGUGAGAAAACUUGUGCCGGAAUCAAAUUUCGAAUCGAAGAGGAGACCAAGUCCAAGCAUCGGAAUGUAAAAGUGUCCGUUACGGAUGGUAAAUCUGUCUCCCACAAGCUGCAGAUGUUCUUCAUGUCCAGCUGGAUCGACGAACACAAAAUUCCCGAGGAUAUCUGGGAGUUCAGAGCUGCGGUAAGCAGAUAUUUAAAAAAAAAGUUUUCCAGAUCAAAAAGAAGAUUCCGACGUGGCCGGCCAGAGAGGCGGCGGCGCUGAUCGUUUCCCAAAGCGGCACCAAGCGCACGGGUGUGUGGUUCAUGGCCGACACGGAGGCGGACAGACUGCAGACCAAGACGCGCAUCCGUUUCAGCGAAUCCAUCCGUCAGCUGCGCUAUCAGCGACACGAGGCGUUGGAGUCGUUCGAGCUUUUCGUUGGACUCGUCAAUCUGAUGGAGAAGUUCGCUAAACAGGUUGUUGAGAAACAAAUUGUGGUGUAA